UUUACCCAACUGCGCCAGGAAGGAGGGUUAUGUUUUUUGUUUGUUUACUUUCUGAAUUCUGAUGAAUUUAUUUCAUGGAUAGCUCUUUUCUGUGAAAUUUUCAAACAAUAAUAAUAAUGGUCACAUGUGCUGUAGCUAAUUGUAAGAAUACUUCGGGAAAAUUCUCAAAAAAUAAAGACGGCAUUACAUUUCACAGAUUUCCUCGAGACAAAGCUAGACGGAAGAAUUGGGAAGUGGCUGUUAACCGUGAGCAAGAUUGGAACUCCACAGAGUCUAGUGCGGUCUGCUCAGAGCACUUUGAUGCUAGUGACUUUUAUUUGACGGAGAGCGGCCUACGGAGGUUGUCUUGUGAAGCUGUACCCAUGUACAAUAUAUCACCAUGCCAGCCUCUAAAAGCCACAAUUUCUGAAGUAGAACCAGUCGACAUAAAACCUUCAGAUUCAGAAGAGGUCAUUAAAUUAAAAUACAAGGUGCGCAGACUGGAAGCCAUUGCAGAGAGCAGAAAACGGAGACUGAACCUCAUGUGGCAACGGAAGAAAAGACUACGGAAGAAGUUGGAACAAAUGAGGACCUACGUCAAACAUUUGAUCAAACACAACCGUAAAGAAAAUGGAACUAAAAGUGUUGAUGUAGAUUUAGGAUCAUAAGUGACACUGAUAAUAAUAAUUUUGGUAAAAUAAUUGACAUUUUGACUGAUUUUAUUUUUACUCAUUGCUUACAAAUUUCACUUUUAAAAGAUAAUUUGUGUUUUAGUUAAGUGUUAUGGUAGCUGUAAGUUAUAAAGCAAUUAAUAUUAUCAGUAUAAAUGACUCGAAAAUAGAAAGAUAAGUUUUAGUUAUCUCAUUUCUCACAAUCUAGUCAUCAUUCGCUGUCCCUGGAUCAAGAAUUAUUAAUAAUUAUUAUUCUUGAUGUUGAGAACUGGCUUUUACUUGUGAACUAUACAAAUUUUAUACAAUAUAUUGUGUUAAUUAUGUG